AUGCCUCCUAAGAAAGUUGCCACCGCUGCUGCCUCCAAGAAGGCCGCUCCCAGCCAUGCUUCCUAUCGCGAUAUGAUCAAGGAUGCUAUUGUGAGCUUGAAAGAUCGCAAUGGUAGCAGCCGUCAAUCCAUCAAGAAAUAUGUCCAGAGCAACAACAAGAUCACCGUCGUGUCGCCAGCUGCUUUCGACGCUCAGUUCAACAAGGCCAUCAAGGCUGGUGUUGAGAAGGGAGAGUUCAGCCAACCCAAGGGACCCUCUGGCCCCGUGAAGCUCGCCAAGAAGGAGGCUGCUGCCAAACCCGUUGCUAAGAAGCCUGCCGCCGCCAAACCUGCUGCUCCCAAGAAGGCCGCCGUUAAGAAGGCAACUGCUGCUAAGCCCGCAAAGAAGGCUACCACCACCAAGAAGGCUCCAGCUAAGCCCAAGGCAAACACUGCCAAGCCUCGCAAGACCCCCACAGCUGCUCCUGCUAUUGUCGACGCACCAAAGGUUGAGACUAAGACCAAGUCCGGCCGCGUGACGAAAACCACAGCCAAGCCUGCGGUAAAGAAGGCCGCUCCCAAGAAGGCCACACCCAAGAAGGCCUAA